UUUUUAUUGUUACAGUGCCAGUGUACCACGUGCAAGCGGUAGCUGGCGACCACGCAUACCUGCCGUGUGACAUCGCCACUGUCGACGACCCCCAAGGCAACCCUGAUUCUGUCAUCCUUGUUCUCUGGUACCGUGAAGACGUCGGAACCCCAAUUUUUAGUGUGGACGCAAGAGAAAGGGACUUCAAGCAAGCAGAGAGGUGGUCUGACGAGACGAUAUUCGGCAACAGGGCCUACUUCAUGUCCGAGAAACAGCCUGCCGAGUUAGGCGUAGACCACAUACGAGAAGAGGACCAGGCCAUAUAUCGCUGCAGAGUCGACUUUAAAAGUGCCCAAACUAGGAACUCUAAGAUCAAUUUAACCGUUAUAGUGCCUCCCUCCAAGAUGGCCAUUUUUGAUGAGAGCCACAUCGAAAGGACGUCUGUCGUUGGUCCUUACACGGAAGGAUCCGACCUCAUUUUAACAUGUGAAGUUCACGGAGGAAGACCACCCCCUCACGUCCUGUGGUACAGAGGAGAUGAGAUAAUCACGAACAGAACCACGGUGUCACCGAAGGGAGGCGCUGUAAGGAACCAGGUGGUUCUGGUAGACCUGGGCAGGGAGGAUCUACACUCUGAGCUGACAUGUAGGGCGUGGAACAACAACAAGACACUCCCUCUUAGCUCUACUGUCCACGUGGAUAUGAACUUUCGACCAUUAGAUGUCCACAUCCUGGUGUCUUCUCAGCCCUUGUCUGCCGGCCGACGCUACGACCUUCUCUGCCAGUCUUCCGGGUCUAGGCCUCAGGCUAAAGUCACAUGGUGGAAGGGCGGGAAGCGCCUAGAGAGCAUAAAGGAGACGACGUCGAAUGACGGUAACACUACCACCAGCACGUUGUCCUUCACGGUUACGAAGGAGGACUCGGGGAAGAACCUGACUUGCAGAGCGGAGAAUCCUACUGUGUCUUCAGAGAUCCUAGAAACUACUUGGACAUUGCAUGUUCAUUAUACACCUGAGACCAAAUUAACAUUAGGAACUUCUCUAAACAAGGAAAACAUAAGAGAGGGAACGGAUGUUUAUUUUGACUGCAUGGUCGUAGCUGAGCCCCCAGUAUAUAAAGUGGAAUGGAGGCACAAUGGCAAGAUCCUCUAUCACAAUGUAAAUCACGGGAUCAUAAUCAGCAAUCAGAGCUUGGUGCUGCAGGGCGUCAGCAGAGCGAGCGCGGGAAACUACACAUGUGUGGGCUUCAACACUGAGGGUGACGGAGAGAGUGACCCCUUCUACCUCAACGUGUUGUACGCACCAACAUGCAGGCCAAACCAGCCGCGGGUCCACGGCGUGGCGAAGAAGGAAAGGGCGAACAUAACGUGUGAAGUGGAUGCAAACCCUAAGGACGUGAACUUCAAGUGGACGUUCAACAGUUCGGCGGAAAGCCUAGACGUAGAGAGCAGGUAUAUCGUGAGAAGCGGUACCUCCAGUGUCGUAAUAUACACGCCUGUGUCUGAACAUGACUACGGCACUCUGCUCUGCUGGGCCAGUAACAGGAUAGGGCACCAGAGAUCUCCUUGCGUCUUCCAUAUAAUCGCUGCAGGUCGCCCGGACCAGGUUCACAACUGCACGGUGGCCAACACAUCCAUGACUUCCUUCUCCGUGCGGUGUAGCGAGGGUUUCAACGGCGGCCUCCCUCAGAGCUUCACGGUAGAGGUACGGGAGACAGAGAGCCAGACACUCAGAGCCAACACGACGUCGCCUGUCCCAAGGUUCAGCGUGGGUGGACUCGACCCUGGCAUGCAGUACCAGGCGUGUGUCUACUCCUUCAACGUGAAAGGACGCAGUGAGCCUGUAGUGGUACAGACGGCGACUCUGCGACUGCCGGAGAAACAGCUCACCAAUGAACAGAAUCGGCCGCGUGGAGAGUUCCGGUUCACGCCCAUAAUGAGCGUAGUGACCGGCGUAGUGAGUGCUCUGUUUAUCGUCGCUUGUGUGGUGGCAGCCGUCCUGCGGCUCCAGUGUUCCCGGAACGAGGGACGGCGGAAACGGCACAAGCUGGACCAGCGGACUCGGAGCGCUUCCGGCAGUCUGUGCGCCACAUCUGACAAGCCUGUCAGCCCCAGCAAACUAGACCCCUCGGCCGACAGCGGGGGUGACAGUGACGAGAAGAACCCUGACGUGAUACCACAACCUGUCGGAGGUCUGGAGUCUGACGAAGCCCAGUUAGACUUUCUCAGAAAGCGUCAGCAUAUAUCAACGAUAGAGACGAGGAAUUCACCGAGCAGGUCACUGCUGCAGCAUGGGCCAGCAGGACCUUUCCCCGGCUACUGCACGCUGAGGAACGGUGGACUGCCUCUGCACGACCUCAGCAACAUCCCCACAAAACACGUGCAGGGUAGCGUGGACUCGCUGUACGCGGGGGCGGGUACACUGCCUAGACCCCACUGGAGUGGGCCGGGGUACCGUCACCCUGCUGUGAUGGCGUACCCUCGGGCUCCCUCACACGAGGAGGAGGGCGCUACCUCUGCACCGGAGUCUCCGCUGAUGGUCACUAAACGAGAAAGCACCGUCUGACUAACGACCAAGUUGUGAGCCCGCGAGGAGGCUGCAACACGCUCAAAUAGAGACAUACAGGGUGGCACGUCUUAGUCAGAUUAUAAAUAUGUAACUACGACCUGUUCAAUGGCUUAGGGACUUGUAAUUUAUUGAUAAGAUUUAACGGUUUUGUAUAAUAACGACAAAGUUUAUUACUCUACAUUUUAUACCUGUAAUAAAUACUUAAAAUGUUAAAACGUUUUGCAAGUGCAAAACUGUGGCCGGGAUUACUUUAGAAUUAAAAAAUGCUUUUUUUCUAAAAGUAUUCAUGAAAAUUUGUUACAUUAAGUAAAAAUUAUAUAUAAUUAAAUUUGACUAUAGUGGGCAGUGGCGUGCGUUGGGUAAAUUACAGGGUAAAGCAGCCAUGUUAUUUGAUGAUGUAUUGGCUUCGUAGCUAAUAAAAUUAAAGGAGUAAAAUGUAGUGGGGAGUGCGGAGGCUAUGGCGUAACUUUCAUUACAAGUGGAUGCACUUAUAAAAGGGUUAUCAUCUAUAAAUAGUAUUGUUAUCAAUUUAUUAUUUAUUUUUCAAUUGAGUACCUAUUCUUCGAGUUGGAACAAAAUUUAUUUUCGUGCAUUUUUUAAAUUGUACAGAACAAUUGAUUUAAAUCCUGUUUUAGUCGAUUACAAUAUCAAGUAGGCACUGCAUGUUUACUCUUAUUCAUGCUAUAAUACAAGAACAACAGCAUGUAUUGGUUUCCUCAAUACUGUGUACUUUUCAAAUGUACUUGUAUCAAAUGUAAACAAUGUUACAUAAAGUUACUUAUUAUGUAUUUUACUCUAUACCCAAUGAGUACAAGAAGAAGCACAGGAACACGCUGAAAUAAGAUCUGGUGGAUUCCUUUGCGCUUGACCGUGCUUGGUAGUCAACAGAAGCUACCUACCGUACCGUAUAUUUCUGGACGUGAUUCCCCCCACUAAGCUGUUCACCUGCCCCUAUCACUAACACUAAUAAAAUUCUGUGUACUAAUAGGUAACACUUUAAAACUCCCAACCGACCGUGUUACCUAAUCGCUUCACCGGAUUUUUACAGAAAAUGUUGGUGCAUUCCAACCAUCAAUAAUGCAGUUUACGUUUGCUUUGUGAUAUAUUCCUUUUUUGUAGUCACAAAACAGUUUUAACUAUCUGACACCAUGACAUAUACGAAUGUUUGCAUACAUGUCUCCGAUCAGUAUUAAAAUGUGUACGCAUAUGUAUUUUUUCACAAAGAAGGUUUAUAUGCUAUGCCCAUUGAUGUAACUAGCCACCAGGUGGCGCUGCAAAAUUUAAAGUUUUCAAAGCGCCUGCACAUUAUAAUCUGCAAUUACAUUACAGUUACGUAUAUAAAUAACCAAACACUAUUUGAAGGCAGGCGCUAAGUUAUGAUGUAUGUUUGUCUUUGAAAUAAAUUUCAGGUUGAACUUAAAGGUUGAGUAUUAGACCACUUUAAAAUAAAGUAAAUGUACGUGUACAAUGGCUAUAAACGUACACUUUUGGCAAAUUUUCUUGUUUGUGGCAACAAGGCAAACUCUAAAUCGGCUUUGGAAUCGGCUAUAAUUUCACUUCAACCAGAAGUGCUCAUGCACGGGCAAAAGCUUACGAAAAGCUUGUGAAAGUGCGGGAAACAGCUAGUAUAUUAUAAAUACCUGACUUUACGUUUUGUUAGAUAAAGGAUAGCAGUGUCUGUUUCAACCCAGCGCUCGCCACUUGGUUAAUUCAAAUUACAUCAAUUCACUCAACUUAAAGAGAACACUGCCACUGUAUUUGAAUGCCACUAAAUGAAAAUAACUACUGCAACAAUAUUAUUGGCUAUGUUUAAUGUUUUGGGCGAUAUUCAUCUUUUACAUUGCAAGAAAACUUAAAUAAAUCAGUGAAACUAUUAUUUAAACUUUAUAAAAAACCCUUUAGUACUUUUAUUUUACAGCCACAAUUUUGCUUCUAGCAAAAUGUACUUGUAUAUAUUAUAUUUGUUAAAUUUUAAGUUUUGUUUUAUACAUUCAAGUGUCCUUUUAUUACCAUAAUUAUUGUAUGCUCCUAUGUUGCUAUGAUAAAGAAUGUUUUUGUAAUAUUGUAAAUAUACAUAAUGUUUAAUUGUAUGUUCAAAAUCUCAGUGUAAAUUUUAUCAGAGUGCAUAUAUUUUUCCUGUGAGUGAAUGUGUUUAAAAGACAUUUUACAAUAUAAUUCAACGGAUAGACUUUUCAAUGCUGAAUGAACUGUUAUUUAAACAUUUACUAAACUGUAAAAUUACCGACUGAUUUAUUUCAUGUAACCAAUGUACAACUUUUUAUGUUAAGUAUAUUUUGCUCCGUAAAACUGAUUAUGAAUAAAAAAUACUAUUAAA